AGAGUUGGAGAGAAAAGGGGAAAAAAGAAGCAGCACUCGGCUUUGCCAGCGGUCGUAUGCGCUCGUCCAACAUUGAUUCGGCUCUCUAUUUUUUUUUCCUUCCCUAUUCUGUGCUCUGCUCUCCCCGGCCCCCCCAUCUGUGUGUGUUUGCAAGUGUGUGUGUGUGUUAGUGUGUGUGUUAGUGUGUGUGUGUGUGUGUGUGUGUGUGUGGUGUGUGAGUCUUGUGCCGGGCCCAGGGAUCAGAACAGACACCACUACCAAUUACACUUUGCCAAGGAUUUUUUUUUUUCCUCCAAGGUUGAUUUUUUUAAUUUUUUGGAAAGCACAAAGGACUGUUUAUUUUAUCUCUCUUUGUUGUUGAAGUUCUUUUUUUUCCUAUCAUAGUGCAACACUGUUAAUAUUUCUUUUUUUACCUGAUCGUUUUUUCUUUUUCUCGACAAGUAUUUUAUCUGGUCAUUUUUUUUCCGUCUAAUGAACUGUUGGCCGUGGUCCGACUGCAGCGAAUUUUCUCCUUCCCUUAAAAAUCUUGGGCUCUUUUUGUUGUUGUUGUUUUAAACUUUAGCCCACUGUUUUUAGUGAGCAACGUUUUCUGCUAAUUAUUUUUUUAUAACCCACCCUCCCAAGUUUUUUUUUUUUUUUGCUUUUUUUUAUCUGCUAAUUCUCGACACCCUGCCAAACCAGCACUUGCUUUACAUUGGGGAGCGCGGGAGGAAAAAAAACUGGUGCAGGAGAUUUUUUUUUUCACUUUAAACGCUGUGCCAAAUUUAUGAUGAGAGUGCAAAAUGGAUGAAUUUCAUCCCUUCAUUGAGGCCCUCCUCCCCCAUGUCCGUGCCUUCUCCUACACCUGGUUCAACCUGCAGGCCCGUAAGCGCAAGUACUUCAAGAAGCACGAAAAGAGGAUGACCAAGGACGAGGAGCGCGCGGUGAAGGACGAGCUGCUGGGGGAGAAGCCCGAGAUCAAGCAGAAGUGGGCCUCGCGCCUGCUGGCCAAGCUCCGCAAGGACAUCCGGCCCGAGUUCCGCGAGGACUUUGUGCUCACCAUCACGGGGAAGAAGCCCCCCUGCUGCGUGCUGUCCAACCCCGACCAGAAGGGCAAGAUCCGCCGCAUCGACUGCCUGCGCCAGGCCGACAAGGUGUGGAGACUGGACCUGGUGAUGGUCAUCCUGUUUAAGGGCAGCCCCCUGGAGAGCACGGACGGAGAGCGGCUGGUCAAGUCGCCCCAGUGCUCCAACCACGGCCUGUGCGUCCAGCCGCACCACAUCGGGGUGGCGGUCAAGGAGCUGGAUCUCUACCUGGCCUACUUCGUCCACUCACCAGAACAAUCAGGACAAUCAGACAACUCAAACCAGCAAGGAGACACAGACGUCAAGCCCCCACCAAAUGGCCACUUGAGUUUCCAGGACUGCUUUGUGACUUCAGGAGUGUGGAACGUAGCCGAGCUGGUCCGCGUGUCACAGACCCCGGUGGCGACAGCGACGGGCCCCAACUUCUCUCUGGCCGACCUGGACAGCCCUGGCUACUACAACAUCAACCAGGUGACCCUGGGACGGCGCUCCAUCACCUCCACCCCCUCCACCAGGACUGAAAUGGAGCUUUAUGCAAGUCUCCCACGGAGCUCCAACAAGCGCAAGUCCAUUGAUGACAGUGAGAUGGAGAGCCCGGUGGACGAUGUGUUCUACUCAGGCCGUUCCCCGGCGGCUGGCAGCAGCUCUCAGUCCAGCGGUUGGGCUAAUGAUGUGGAUGCAGUGCAGCACCAUUUGGCCAGUGUGCAGGAGAGGAAGAUUAAGCAUGAGAGCGAUGGAGUGCAGUUUCCUUACCAUGGACUCUCGUCGCCUGGUUCUCUUAAGAAGCCGGGGAAAUUCGAUUUCAGCGCCCUGUCCUCCCAGACGAGGUCCCCCCGCAUGGCGUUCACCCACCACCCACUGCCAAUGCUGGCGGGAGUGAGACCAGGGAGUCCCCGUGCUUCAGCCUCGGCCCUGCACUUCCCAUCUCCCUCCAUCAUCCAGCAGUCUAGCCCCUACUUCACCCACCCAACCAUCCGCUACCACCACCACCCUGGACAGGACCCCCUGAAGGAAUUUGUGCAGUUUGUCUGUGCUGAUGGCUCAGGGCAGGCCGCCGGACAGCCAAACGGGAGCGGCCAGAGCAAAAUGCCAGGCUCCUUCUUGCUGCCUCCACCUCCCCCAGUGGCCCGCCCAGUGCCCCUCCCCAUGCCCGACUCUAAACCCAACAGCACGCCCCCCGACGGCGGACUCUCCUCGCCCGCAUCUCCGUCAUACUCCACGCCAGGCGCCACAGCUCCCAACAGGUUUGUCGGCAUCGGAUCACGGGACAACAACUUUCUGAACAUCCCGCAGCAGACACAGUCUUGGUUCCUCUGACAAGAUCUGUGCACAAACCAGCAACUAGAAUUCUUUCUUUACAAUCAGAAAUAGAAAAAAAGAAAAAAAAACAGAGAAACAACCCGCAGGAUGAUAAUUGUCCUCCAAUCAACCCACCGACCGACCGACCGGCCCUGAUACGAAAUAUAACCAAGCAACGCAGGAAAUUACAGCAGCAUGAUGCUUUUAGUGGAACUCUGGACUUAUUUACGCAGUCAGAGAGAGGACCCGUUUCGAGCAAAGAUGGAUAGACGGAAAGAUAAAUGGACGGACAAGAGGAUGCCAGGAUGAGAGCGGGAGUGACGGGACGGCGGCGGCGGCAAGCAGGCAUCUCUCCUCAAACCACCGAACCAGCACAGCACAGACCAGCAGCAACGCAGGACGAACCCGAGGGUGAAAAGGCGGUCGGCGUCUCCUGCUUCACAAGGACGUAUUGUGUAACCAAUGGCUUAGAAAAUCAACUGUCCAGCAGAUACAGAUUCGAGCUAAAAAAAGCUUCACCCCACAAUGAAUCCACAGCCUGAUCAAACUAUUAGGUUUCCAGUGAAAGCUGCAGUCCAUGCUCCUGUGAUGUCUGUCAUCACCCAAAACGAAAUCAAAUUGACCAAUACUUCUGUCCCUCUGAAUGACCAUCGACUCUCUAAAGCCCCCCUUCCCCCUACUACUAACUAGACAGACCAUGCCAAAACAUAUCUUGAUUAAGGGUUGCACUACAAGCUGAAUCAAUUAACACUAAUCUUAACGAUGUGCACUAUUUACCUACAAGGCAUGGGAGGUAAACCAGACUUGCCUACUCAAAGUUUUAAAGAGGAAAUAAACCGAGGUACAGGAAGCCUUCAUGUAUCCUCAACAACCCCCCCCCCAUCACUCAGUCUGACAAAUCAUUGGCCUCCGCUCAUUCUCACGUCUCCCCGCACAUUCACACAGUCUGUGCCAUGAACACAGCACGUAUGACAAACACACACUUUUGCCCAGUCUCACCAUUUAGAUUGUAAUAUUUAUAGGUGGUGGUGUUGUGUUGUUCUAUUUUCAUUUUAUACACAGUAAGCCCAAGAUGAAUGAUUUUAUUAUCUCUUGUGUGUUCUCUUAUUUGAAUUUAUUCCUUUUGGAUUUGUACUAUUUUAUAAUUGUUUUGUAUUUGAAUGACAGCACCUUAAAGAGAAACACAGUAAGAAGCGGUAUGUUGAAGCGGUGCAGGCGGACCGGUUAGCUAACCCCGAUCGAGUAGCGUUCGCAAAACGACUCAAAGCAAAGGUAGACGCUUUGGGAAAUAAACCUUUCUACCUUUUUUUUUUAUUAGUUGAGGAGACUGAUACCAUUUGCCUGUCCGUAUAGAAAAUAACAGGCUACAACUAGCAGCUGCUUAGCUUAGCUUAGCAUAAAGCCUGGAAACUGGAGAAACAGCUAACCUGGCUCUGGAACAAAAUCAGCAAUCAGCGCCUCCAGUGCACUUGUGUUUGGUGACGAUAAAAUACAUGCUGCCUUCAAAAUGCUCAAAUGAUUAGCGUUCAAGUUGUAACAUAGUAAGUCAUGAGAACACUGUUGCUAAUUAGCAGCUUAAAUGUAACUGUUAGCAACUAGAAGCUAACAAGCAGGAAUUAGCAAAAAAAAAAAUCCAAAGGCAGAAUGAAAAGAUAAGGCUGUUGGGAAUAUCAACAUUUUUCUCAGAUAUAUAAUUAUUAAGAAAAACUCUGUAUGACUAAAAUUACAAUAUAUAAUUAUGUACCGUUCAUUGAAAAUUUGAACUUCUCUGACAAAUCUGGGAGGAAAUACAGUAUUUACGAAGUAAUCCACCGGGAAUGUGUGUACAUGCACAUAUAUAUGAUUAGCCAACAUGGUACUUUGCCAGACGACAUGUUGUUGCGGCAAAAGUUACAUUUUUAGCAGGACAGUGUACAUUUUUCAGCCAGAUUCCAGGCUAAUUCAAAUGAGGCUGCACAAUUUGGCCUGUGUUACCUUUAAUUCAUUGUGUUGUCAGACCAUUCUCCACUCUGCCCUGUUAGUGAUGGAGAAUGGUCUGACUGCACCUUAAUAUCAUUCUGCCAUAGGGGGGAAAUGCACACACUAUAAAAAAAAAUACUUCCAAAGACAAUAACCAUAGGGGGGAAAAUUAAAAAGAUUGUAUUCAAUAUUAAAAAAGUAACUUUGUGCAAAAAAUUCUAUGUAAAAUGCAUCUUAAAAGAGCAUUUCCUAUUUCAGUGACAGAAGAAUUGCACAAAUAUUGACCAAACUGUCAAAGAUUUUUACUAAUUUUUUGAAAAUAUUUACAAGAAUUUUCUUGCCAAAUUUGGGGCAUUUUUUAAAAAAAAAAAAAACUUUUAAGGGAAACUUUUAAGGAAUUAUUGGAAUUUUCUUCCUGAAAGUUUUGCAAAUUUUCAGAAAUUUGGGAAAUUUUUUGGCUGAAUUUUUGGAUUUUUUUAGACAAGGAAACAAUAUAUUUUAGUGCCUGUAAAUGAGGACAACAGGAGGGUUAAUAUCAUUCUGCCAUAGGGGAGAAACGCAUACACUACAAAAAAAUACUUCCAAAGACAAUAACCAAUUAAUUAAAAAGAUUGUAUUCAACAUUAAAAAAGUAACUUUGUGCAAAAAAACAAUGUAAAAUGCAUCUUAAAAGGGCAUUUCCAAUUUCAUUGACACAACUUUUGCACAAAUAUUGACCAAACUGUCAAAAAUGAACACUGUUUAAGGAGGUUAUCCUUCAUACUGUGAUUUCAUUGGCAACCCAGCUGGUUUAUAUUCUAUUAAACUGAUCACAGUUGUCUAGGCUAAUCCCCACAAUCUACAUCCAGGGAGUCAGACUACCUUUAAACAGAGCCAGACCAGCCUUCUGUCUGUUUCCAGUCUUUAUGCUCAACUAAGCCAGGCAUGAAAGUGGUAUUAAUCGUCACCUCUAGCAAACUACCAAGCUUAUUUUCCAAAACGCCAUCAUCCGUCGACGCGGUUUGCUUGUUCUCAGUGCCAGAUCAACCUCUCCUGUAGGGGUUUCGACAAUCACGGGAAGCUUAUUUUUCUGGGAACCGACCUACUGAACCACACGGGUCGAAAAAAGAAGCUGAAAAAAAAGUGACGCAUCCGCUGCUAACAGAUCGAGGUGCAGCUAGGACUGCUAGUCGCCGUCGGUGGUGGUUGGUGGUGAUACAUGAGCGAACCAAGGAGUGAAGGUUGCUGAAGACGGGACCCAGAGUAAAAGAGAGAGCAGCUCUUCUUUCUGUCUCCCUAAAGUUUACCCUGUUGUUUACACUCCCAGACGGGCUGAAGCUCCAAGAGCACAGGAGGCCACACUGCGGAGCAAAAUGCAUAUGUGACAUAUCUGGCUGUUAUCGGAGAAAGAGGGGGACGAGGGCCUCUAAGGCUGAGCUGUAGCCGGAUCACUGGUGUGCCUCUUUUCAUGUCGGCACACAGGAUCAGGUAAAGGUUGCUAUGGUAAUCCCCCCAAGACACACACAUAUACACACAUACACCAGCACUCCCCCUACAACCCCGUAGCUAUUGUGAAUGGAAGAGCCCUUAUAGAUGAAAAACAAAAAAACUGCACUAAUACAAUCAUGCCAGCCAACCUUGUGAGUCUUUUUUUGUAAGCAUCGCGCUAGAUUCGCCACCACUUCAGAGCAAGAGCACAGAUUCCUAAAAAAAAAACCCACAAAAAACCCCCAAAACUACUCACUAUUAAACACCCCCCCCGACCCUCAACCGUGCCCGACUCAAUUCAAAGGGAAGUCUUAAAAAAAAAAAAGAAAAAAUAGACAAUCUGAGGAGGCCUUUAUGCUUUUAAUCAUUUUCUACAUAUAUACAAAUCUAUAAUUAGCCCACCACACACAUUCAGCCUGAUUCAGUUCAAACGAAUCCCAUCCAACCUCACAAAAUAACUGGACUGCCUGGCCAUGUUCUUCACUGCAGGGAAACGAAACAUAGCUGGCCAAGCGACCGGCGCCCAUGACAACUAGCUCCGCUGACGACGGCUAAGGUGAUUUCUUUUCUAAUCUAUGGAAGUGCCUCUGUAUUCCCAUUAUGCAAUUUGUCAAACAUGAAUUCAGGUUCUUUUUCUCACAUAUAAGCUAUAGUGAAUGGUGAAAAAAUUUAUGUCAGGAGGGGGUUUAAAAAAGAAAAAAAACGGUGACAGCUCACUAGAUAAUCGCAAGCAUCUUUAUAUAUAAUACACAUAUAUAUUUAUAGAUAUAUACUUUUUUUUAUUUGCAAGAUAAGCUCUGUGGCAGUCUAGUUAUUUUUUGAAGCAUGGCAUACAUCGCACAGUCAUAGGAUGCAUCUCAAAAAACUGAUUUGAGCUCAAGUACCAGUCUCUAAACAAAUAAACCACGCUUAAAAAGGACGUAAAAGAGAAAAAUCAAACGAUAGAUUCAUAGACGACAAAUGAUGAUGACAUAGUUGAGGAUUUACAAAAAUGAGCAGGUUAGGUUUUGUUGUUUUCUUUCUUGUUUUGAUGGGAAGUAUUGUUCUUGAAACUAAAUGAUGUAUGUUGAUUGAGCCAUGUGCAAUGCCUUGGUAGAGGAAUUGUGUUUGUUUGUUAGCGAUCGUUUGAGGGCGAUAAAGAGGGAAAACCCUCUUCAUUUUAUUUCUUUUGUUUUCAAGUCCACGUGCUCCGGGACUCUAAAUACGAGGGCGGCGAGAAAAAAAAUCCCAGUCUUUGUAAGUAAGUUUUUUGGGGAAAUUGUUUUUAAUUUCCUGUUUUGUUUCAUUUUUUUCUUCUUUUAUCACUUUUUUUAAAGAACUUGUUUUCAAAAAUGUGGGAGGGCUGAAGGAACAAUUUUGCAACUCAUAAAAGUAUAUAUCACUAUGAAAAAACUGGUGCUUUCGUAAAGAAUAAAAGUACAUUCAAUCUCUAUUAUACAUAAAUAGUAAUAAACAAAAAAAUUAAGUGUUAUCAUAAAAAGCAAAUUUUUAGGAAAAAAAACAUGCAUUAUUCUAUUUCUCUCUCUUUUUCGUUUUGUAUUUACCGAGGAGGGGGGGAGGGGUUCGUUGUAUGAAAAAAAAGGUUUGUUGUGACAAAAGGCAUCCCCCUCCUCCCCCCUUCCGCCUCCCCCUCCUCUCUCUCUCCCCUUUUGAAACCUUUUUAAACGCCACAGCAUUAAAAUGAAAAAAAAAAAUUUAAUUUUUCUGGAUUAGGUGGGACAAAGACAAGAUCUUCCCCGAUUUUGGGAGAUGCACAAGUAUGGAUUCGGAAACAAACAAACAAAAAUGAGGAUGACGUCUGGUGAGAUUUUGUGUUUUUAAAUCACAUCCACUCGGUUCAUUGAGAGGGAAUUAUCGGCCUCUUGUCCCGGUCAGAGGGGGCGCUGUCGUGGAUUCAACGUCAACCCCACCCCCCCAACCGCCACCGCUCACCCCAACUCCCCCUCUCCUCCUCACCCCUUCCUUCCAUCUCCCCCCCGCUGUAAAUGAUUAUAAAUAUUUGUUUGGUGAUGUAGUGUUAUAGACUCAGAGCAUCUUUAAAGGUUGUCCCUAAAAAGUGCCUUUUGUUCACAGACUCCAUCUUGUAAUCCUGAGUGCCCAUCUCGAAAGAAAGAAAAAAAAGUCCCCUCCUUUCAUGCUUCUAUAUCUUUCUCUUCCCUCUUCUUCUUCUUCUUCUUGGACGCUUUUUAAAAGCAGUAUACAUAGUGCUAAAGGAAAUUGGUGUGAUUUAGUUCCUCUUUUUAUUGUUGAAUAAUUAAGAAAAGCUGAAAAAAAAGCCCAAAAAAACCACAAAAAAAAGAUAUUUUCUGUCUUGCUUCUCUUCCUCUGUAUCUUGUCGUCUGUCUAUCUUGGACACUGGAGUAGUCUGUAGCCGCGUAACCUUCUCCUUCCUCCCCCCUCCUUCCCCUUUCUCUCCCCCAUUCCUUUUUUCCUUUUCCUCUUUCUCUGAACGGCGGGGUUUCAACAAAAAAAAACGACAAAAACCAACAAAAAAAAAAAACAAAAAGAAUACGCAAAGAUUUUUUUGUCUGAGCAGAAUGCAGUUAGCUCACAUGUUAUUCUUGUCUGUACGCUUCACAUUGUAUUACCAUACCCAUCUUCUUCAGCUUCUCCAUUCAACAGCUAAUGUAAGUGAACAAGUUACACCACGGGGCUCUGGGCUGUGCUGAGGACCGGGGGGCAAACAGUGGAGCCAAGGGGGCAGUUUUUCACCAACCCCGGUGGAGGGAGAAAGGCACUCAUGUUUGGUUUGGGCUCAGGUGACGACCAGUAGGACUGCUAGUGUAGGCAGGUUUGUUUGUAAUCCUUGUUUCUAUCUAUUUAUUUUUUUAUAAUUGAAUUUGGAUUUGCUUUUUUUUUUUUGUCAUUGUUACUGCAUAUCUUAGGCAGCAGUCGAGAUGCUGUGUCUUCAAUUAUGCACCUUUCUAAGUGGUUGAAUGAGACCAGCUAUUUAAAAUAACAAAAAAACACAAAAAAAUGAAAGUGUAAAACGACUCAAAGCACCUUAAAAAGCGGAGCGGUUCCACAGUUUGGAGACUGAGAGGCUCAGAUUUUUUUUAGCACAAUCAUUUGCAAGCGUCAGUCAAAAAAAAAAGAAAGAAAGAAAAACUGAUUCACCGUCAUCGACCAAAGUGAUGUGGUUCCAAAACCUGUUAGUCGGUGACUUGUGGGGUAAGCGCCGAGGAAUGUCCACCAGCAAAAAUCAAUCGAUUACAACGAGAGAAGACAUAUAUACAUAUAUAUAUAUAUAUAUAUAUAUAUAUAUAUAUAUAUAUAUAUAUAUAUAUAUAUAUAUAUAUAUAUAUAUAUAUAUAUAUAUAUGCAACCUUUUUUUCUUUUUUCUUCAUCAAGCGAAUGAAGCCAGCAGCAGUAUUAUCAAUCAAUGAAUCAUUCAAGUGAAAGCGCCACAGCCGAGAAGCCAUAUCAGAGACAAACCGGCCGCACGAGAGCAGUGUGUGUGUGUGUGUGCGUGCGUGCGUGCGUGUGCGUGCGUGCGUGCGUGUGUGACCGUUGAGGGAGUGUGUGUUCAGUUUCUGCCCUGCACCGUUCACAGAGCCCAGUCCGACCCUGUGGCCCAACAGGCCGCCUCUUUUUUUUUUCUUCCUUGGUUUGUUUCUAACUCGUUUUUUUUGUUGGACGCUGGGCCGUGUUUAGUGAUCUUUAGUUACUGAGCCUCCCCCACCUCACCCUUCUCCCCCUCUGGCCGGCCUCACCCCUCGCCUCCCCCCACCAGGAGUGCCCUCAGCCCUCCCCUCAGAGCAGUGUCCCAUCCUCAGACACACCUCCCAGAGCCCCUGGUGAAAUGCAUGUGUUAAUUACAGUUUCUUUUCCAUAAUAAUAAUAAAAAACAGUUUGAAAAGAGCAACACCUUUACCUGAUUGAAUAAAAGGAUGUUCUUGACUGUA